AAGAAGAAACCUGUACACGGAAGUCAUCCAGGAUUUGGAUAUUUUGUCACAUGGAUGAGAUUUGCUAUCCUUCUGUAGAUUUUCUAUGCAUAGUUUCCUCCUUCCUCUAGUGGUAAGUCACACCGUAAUGGCGGUAAAAGAUGGAGCCGGCGGUGCAGAAACGCUGAUAAGAUAACGCGCAGCUAUCAGCAGACGGCGGAUAUCAGUGCGGGUCAAUGGACUUGAAAUGCUGCUGUUUUGACAGCUGGGUUCAGCCUCCAGUACCUGGUCUGUGAGACACCUGCUGAGGACACACACCACCCGACGAUUCAACCCUAAAGACGGGGUUACUUUAUGUAGAGACGCAUAUCUACUAUCUGUAAAGUUGCUUUUAAAGCGCCAUUGGAGACGAGCCAACUGCGACUUCUCUUCUCAGCAUUGUUUGCUCACCUCACACCGACCUGUGGCCAUGGCCUCUACCCGGCUGAAGUACCUCUCUCUGGGCGUGCUGGUGUUCCAGACCACCUCCCUGGUGCUCACCAUGCGGUACUCCCGCACCCUGCAGGCGGACGGCCCGCGGUACCUGGCCUCCUCCGCCGUGGUGGUGGCUGAGGUCAUGAAGAUCUUCACCUGUGUGCUGCUCGUCUUCAAAGAGCACAGUUAUAGCUGGCGAGCUCUGAACAGCAUUCUGCGUCAGGAAAUUGCUCACAAACCCAUUGAGAUGCUGAAGCUGGCGAUUCCCUCGGGGAUCUACACGCUGCAGAACAAGCUGCUGUACGUCGCCCUAUCCAACCUUGACGCCGCCACCUACCAGGUGACGUAUCAGCUUAAGAUCCUCACCACGGCUCUGUUCUCCGUGUCCAUGCUGGGCCGCAGGCUGGGCGUCUACCAGUGGCUCUCGCUGCUCAUCCUCAUGGCUGGAGUGGCUUUUGUGCAGUGGCCCUCGGAGUCUGUGGCGGUUCCCGAGAAGGAGGCCCUCUCUACGGGCUCCCAGUUUGUCGGUGCGGCAGCCGUCCUGGUGGCCUGCUGCUCCAGUGGCUUCGCUGGGGUUUACUUUGAGAAGAUCCUGAAGGAGAGCAAGCAGAGCGUCUGGGUGCGCAACAUCCAGCUAGGGAUGUUCGGCCUGGUGUUUGGCCUCUUUGGGAUGAUGGCCUACGAUGGAGAGAGGGUGAAGGAGUCGGGGAUGUUCCAGGGAUACAACACCGUCACCUGGACCGUUGUAGCGCUGCAGGCGCUGGGUGGUCUGGUCCUAAUGGAGCAAAACAAAGAAUCCCAUAGAUGACUUUGGCUGCAGAAACCCUCUCUGCUGAGUUGUUCAUGAACGUAGAGCUGACUGUGUGUGUGUUAAGGUGUCUGUGUGCAUUCAUCUGUGUGCACAUUCUUGUGUUCUGUAGUGUGUUUGGGUGUUUGUCGGACAGCUCUGUUGCGUUCAGUGACAGACUAGUGUUUCAGUGUGUUAUUGAGACACCACUCCCUGACAAUAAUGUGAAUCAUGCACAGCCUUGUCUGUCUGCCUCGGGCUCUAUUGAUACAGCCAGAGGCCAAUAAUGAGCUCUCUAUCUGCCAGGGAAACCUGAAGGACAGGGAAGUAUCGCUUCAUGACGCCAUGGCAUUUGGUUCUGUCAACACUGGUUGGAUGGCAGCGAUUUCAUUAAAUAAAGGUGUAUCUCCCUUGUCAGCACUUUGGGAUUUUCAAAAAUAAUGUUAAAUGUGGGAAAAUUGCAACUCUGGAUAAUUUGAAUACCUUUUUUUAAAUCCUUCUUGUGCACUUUUAGUGAUCUCCUGAAUGAGAUAAGAUUCACUUUAUUGAUCCCAAAUUGGAAAAUGUCUUUAUAACAGCAGCGUGUUAAAACAUGGCAUUGCACAUAAUGUGAAAAUAAAAAGAGUAGAAAAUAAACAAACAUAAAAUAUAAACAUCUCAAAAUAGAAUGAAACGGAACUAAAAAGUCAAAUGUAUACAUGUUGACCGUGAAGGAUGAACAUCUUUAGACUGUAGAUAAACACUAUAAAGGGCCAAAUUACUAACUAAAUGCAAAUGUUAGAUUAUUUAACAUUUUUGAAAGUAAUUUAUUUCAAGCUCGAUACACGUGUAAUCAAGCUUAACACAAAACAAACCCCACGUUUCAAAUUUCCUUUCAUACUCUGAAAAUGCCUCCUCAUGUUCCCCAUAUUUUUAACAGUGAAAAUGUGUGAAAUGUUCCCAGUGAAAGGCAAACCGCGUAUUAACCUGGACACGGUGUUCUUCGUGUGACAGUCUGCUAAUGUGAUGAAUGUCGCGGGGCAGAGGGCCAUGUCAUUACUCCUUCAGAGGGGGCGGGGAGGGUCUCCAGGAGAAGAAAGCUCUCCUAAUUCCCACGACGGCCGUCUUGUUGUGAUAUCAUGACCAAGCUGUGUUUGUGUUCAGAGUGGGGAGGGACAUCUUUGUGUUUGUGUAUUUAUGUGAGUGUGGUGUGUGUGUGUUUGUGUAAAGGCAUGUGUUGAGGGGUGUGUAGGGGGUUGCACUGCAGACAUGCUGAUACAGGGACGGAGACAGGGAAGAGGGAGGGUGACCAUGUCUAAUCUGAAAGAGGCAUGAAGUCUGUUUGUCUUUGAAGAUCAUAGGUCACUAAUCUGACAACUUGUUUAUCUGUUUACCAGCACCAUGAGUAUCUGCAAAUAGCAGAUAUUUAGAGAACAUGUUGGGAAGAUAAAAUAUAAAAAUGUUUUUUUUAAAAGCUGGUUCUUGUAUUUUGCAAAUGUCAAAGAAUCCCAUGGAAAAAACACAACCAACAACGUGUUAGUCUGUCUUUUAGGACUUUCCAAUGAGACUUCCUAUCAAUGCCACUCAGCCACUAUUUCCUUCUGAAUCUAAAACGAGUCAGCAGAUUUAUACUUUCAUAUUAGAACAAGCUCAAAAUCUACUUUAAUACAUUUGUAAUACUUUUUCUCACAUUAAAUUGUGCAAUAGUCAUUAGAUUUAAAAUAAACUACAGAACCUGUGUUUCUAAACUAAAGUAGAUUUGUGGAAUGAGAUCACGGGCUUUGGCUACACAGACAGUUCUUAUUAGUGGGAUCAACUCUUUUGUUCAUAAUCCGGAAAGGUAGGAUAUUGUUA